AUGGAGAAUUCGGAACCAAAUACCCUUGCAGGGUUAAAAAGGGUUUUCAAUAAACCCGACCUUGAUGUUAACAAAUUUAUAUCAAAAGUAUCUAAAAAUGGUGGUGCUGAAAUCAUCCAAACUCUAACUGAUCUAAACAGAAUGACUGAUGAGGCAUCCGCUCAAAUGAAAAGGGCAAUUUUCAACAACUUUAAGCUAUUCAUUGAUGCAAGCAAGGCCGUAACAGUUCUUUCCACAAUCAUGCACCAAUUGGACAAUCAACUUGUUGAACAAAAGCGUCUCUGCGCAGCUCUGGCGGAGAAAUCGCUUUUUCGCGAUGGUAGGCUUCCAACUUCAUAUGUGAUGUAUUCUUUAGGCAAAUCCAAUAAUGAGAAUGAAAAGUCCUCAAAAUUGAGCGAUGACAUUUCGUCCUUACUGAGUUCAGUCGAUGGGGUUUCAAAUUUGGUUAAAGAUUCCUCGAGACAGCUUCUCUUUGAUGCCGAUGCAAUCGAAGUUAAUCCUAUCACUUAUAGCAAACUGGGUUACUUCCACCUCUUUGUCCUCAGUGAUUUCAUUCUUGUUGCCAAAAAGCAACAUGAUUCCUACGAGAUGCAUCGAUAUAGAAAGCAAGCCCUCUAUGAAAUUGAAAAUGUUGUGGUGGUUGAUGUCAAGUCCACAGAUUCACAGAAAGUAGCUCCUCUGAAUCUGGUCCAACUCCUAGUUUUUCCCGAUAGCCGAGUCUUCCAAAUGGAAUCAACGAAGGUCAAGAGGGCUCUCAUUUCGACCAUUGAUGAAGUUAAAAGGCUCCAUCUCACUGUAAUCCCUGCCGAUGAGUUGGAAGUUGAAGCAGACGCCAAUCCGGUAGUAGAAAGUGGCGGAGCAUUGAAUUCCGACGGACUCGAUUCCAAUUCAAAUCGUUCAGCGUCUCUUGUGAGUGUGGACGCCACACCUGAAGUGGAAACAAUGUGUUUUGAAGCACUGGCUGGGACUAUUCCAGAAAUAGCUCACUUUAUUCGGCGUGAGAAACCAUCUACUGCCAGUAUCACUACAACUCGAGUUAAUCGUAAGUUAAUAAUCGUAGUUUCUGCGUGUUAUUGGGUAUGA